CGCCCCGGAGCCCCCCGCCAGCCCCCAGGCCGUGGGUCCUGCCGCGGCCCGGCCCUCCCGAGUUCCGCGCGGCGGGGCCAUGGCGGCCGCGCAGCCCAAGCCCACCGCGGGGACGGCCCGGCGCCUGGCCCGGGGCUGCUGGUCCGCGUUCUGGGACUACGAGACGCCCAAGGUGAUCGUGGUGAAGAACCGGCGCCUCGGCGUCGUGUACCGCGCCGUGCAGCUGCUCAUCCUGCUCUACUUCGUGUGGUACGUGUUCAUCGUGCAGAAGGGCUACCAGGACAGCGAGACGGGCCCCGAAAGCUCCGUCAUCACCAAGGUGAAGGGCAUCACCUCGUCCGAGCACAAAGUGUGGGACGUGGAGGAGUACGUGAAGCCCCCCGAGGGGGGCAGCGUGUUCAGCAUCAUCACCAGGAUCGAGGUCACCCGCUUGCAGACGCUCGGAACCUGCCCGGAGAGUAUGAGAGUCAACAACGCCACCUGCGACUCGGAUGAAGACUGCGUGGCUGGACAGCUGGACAUGCUAGGAAAUGGCGUGCGGACUGGGCGCUGCGUCCCCUACUACCACGGGGCCUCCCAGACCUGUGAGGUGUCCGCCUGGUGCCCGGUGGAAGAUGGGGCCUCUGUCAGCCAAUUCCUCGGUAAGAUGGCCCCAAAUUUCACCAUCCUCAUCAAGAACAGCAUCCACUACCCCAAAUUCCAGUUCUCUAAGGGCAACAUUGAGAACCGGAAGGAUGGCUACCUGAAACGCUGCACAUUCCAUGAGGUCUCGGAUCUCUACUGCCCCAUUUUCAAGCUGGGCUUCAUAGUGGAGCAGGCAGGGGAAAACUUCACGGAGCUGGCACACACGGGUGGCGUCAUUGGGGUCAUUAUCAACUGGGACUGUGACCUGGACCUUUCGCCACUGAAGUGCAACCCCAAGUACUCCUUUCGGAGGCUCGACCCCAAGCAUAUCCCAGCCUCAUCUGGCUACAACUUCAGGUUUGCCAAGUAUUACAAGGUAAACGGCAGCACUGCCCGCACACUCAUCAAAGCCUAUGGGAUCCGCAUCGACGUCAUUGUGCACGGACAGGCAGGGAAGUUCAGCCUGAUUCCCACCAUCAUUAAUCUGGCCACAGCACUGACCUCCAUCGGGGUGGGCUCUUUCCUGUGCGACUGGAUCUUGCUAACAUUCAUGAACAAAAACAAGAUCUACAGCCAUAAGAAAUUCGACAAGGUGUGUACACCAAGGCACUCCUCAGGUAGCUGGCCGGUGACCUUGGCCUUUGUUUUGGGCCAGGCCCCUCCUCCACCCUGUCCUGGCUCUGCAGAACCAGGCCGGGUGGGCAGACCGCAGGACAAGGGGCCAAGCCAGGCCCUGGCCGCCCUGCCCCCACAGCCUCGCCCCACAUUUACCCCCUCCGAGCAGAUGGUGGAUGCUCCCGAGCAGAGUGCAGGACCAGAGCUUUGUGCCUCCAAGCAUUCCCAACAGGACCCUGCACUCAUGGACCCUCGAGGUUUGGCCCAGCUCUGAGCCGGACCUCCACCUUCCAUCAUGCUGCACUGAACACCUGGGCCUGGCAGGCCCCUGAAGUCUGCAGCUCCAAGACACAGCCCCCAGCUCAGACUCACACAGCAGACCUGGGGCCCUGCCUAUGCACCCCAUGUCUCCAGGAAACCGGGAACCAAGGAUGCCCAUGCAACCAGGCAGUGGGCUAACAGGAAGGGGGCAGUCAGGGGCCCCCAGCAUUCCCAGCCUGCAGAGAGGGGCAAGUUCCUGCCUCCUCCUCCUGGCUGACCUUCCCGCAGGCUCCUGGCCCUUCCCCAUCCACUCAGCCUGGGAACACUGGGAAGGGGCCCACCCACCCCUGCUCAGACCCUUUGCUAAAAAAUCACGUCCAGAACCAAAUAAACCUGUGACCAGAACCUUUGGCCUCAUUUUUGGGGAAGAGCAUCUUGAGGCCCUGAAGACAAAUGUGCAGUUGUGGGUCCCCAUCCUUGCUAUCUCCCCUCUAACCAGCCUGGGUGCAAAAGGGGCAGGCAUGCCUGCUGCCCCCCACACCUGGCCAGGUUACAGUCAUGUCUGACAAGGGGGCCACUGGAAGUGGGGGACAGAGGCCAAGUACACGAGGAAGACCCCAGGACUCAUCCCAGCAUCCACCUGUUAGUGCAUUUACCAGCUUCCUGCAGGGGUCAUCCCAGACCCCAAAGCUCAAAACAUGGGAAAAGGAUAGUUGUGACUCUCGAGGAGGAAAACCAGGAGGGAGAUGAGAGCUGUAUUCAAAGAAAGCUUAGGUUUCACUGGCUCUUAAACCCGAACACCCAUCCAGGUUCUGAGACCUAAAACGAGGGCACAGGCGGGAGCAGGAAUCUGGUGCUGGGCAAAGGGUAUGGACAGGGCAGGACAAGGUCAGAGGAGUGUGGGGUGCUGGCACCAGCCAUGUCAGGCCUGCGGGUAAUCUGGUUACUGCAUCCUUGGAUGCUACAAUGGUGAUUACAUUUAGUGGCUCCACCUGGUGCCUGUCUGGCCAGGCCCUGCUCUGAUGUGCACCAGAACUUGGCUGGACAGUGGUUUAUCCCACAGCUAUGGCAAGUGUGCAGGUCUGAGGCGGCACGCUCCCAGUACCUCACAAAGAUCAUCCACCCUGUGAUCUCAUCACUCCCAAGGUCAGGGGUAAGGAGGGUUCAGACCCCACACCAGCCCCGGGAUCCCAUCUGAAUGUUGGCAGGUAGCCAGAGCUGGCCACCCCACUUGCUCACCCCCGCCAAGUGGGCUGGCACUACUGGCUGGAGCCAGCAAACACAAGGAAGCCCCCACCCAGCCACCCCUGCAGACCCUUCAGUCCUUGCGACACCGGCUGCAUCUGUCACCUUCCUCAGGCUCUGGCUCAGAGACCCAGCUCUAGUUUUGAAGAAACUGGCUUUUCCAGUUGGGGCUGCACUGCAGCUCAAGAAUCAGAGCCAGGGGCUCAGGUUUCCCAUUCCUAAACAUGAAAGUGACCCUGGGGCCCUCCACUGGCCCCAAAUGCCCCCAGUCCCUAAACUGGCCUCUGAGGGAACAGCUGGGAGCUGCAGAGAUGGCUGGGCGCCCGGCACCCCCCGGUCCUGCUGCAGGGACUGCAGUGCAGUGUUCAGGGGAGGUACACACCCGGCCCCAUCUCUGUGCCCCUCCAUACUCCCCUGGGACGUCAGCUUCACUUCCAGGAAGCCUCGUUUAAGUCCUCCUCCCCACCGGCCCUAAUUUGAUUUGACCUCCAUCUGGGGGCUGAGGGCUCCGUCCACCUUCCAGGCAGCAUCAGGUUUCUUGUGGCCACUGGGCCUGGAUGCACCCGGC